AAUAUUCACGUCAAUUACUCCAAUCCGUUACUUUUUUUUCUUCUAGAUUUUCUCGCACUUGCCUUUUUUUCUCUUCAAAUAUUCAAAUCCAAAGAAUUUGUACAGUCCACAAUGGAAACCAUGCCUAUUGUGUUGGACAUAAGCUCUGAAGAAGAAGAAGUGUGUUGGGAAGAUGAAAGAGAAAGUACCCUUGACUCUUAUUGGAUAAAGAAGUUUGUGGAUAUGAGGGAUGAAGAACUAUGCAAUGUUGUUGUGUUGAGUGAACUCAAUGAUCAAGAAAAACAAGAAGAAGAAGAUGAUUGUUUCGUUCUAGAUUGUGACCCUGAAAACCAACUUAAAUGUGUUCAGGAUUCGUCCAUUGAUUCUGAUGACUUGCUUCUAGUUGGGGAAAAGGGUCAGAUUGCAUGCAGAGACUAUCCUCAUCCCCGGCAUCUUUGUGCCAAUUUUCCUUAUUCUUCUACCCCACAUGAGAAACACUGUGGCCAGGUAAAAUAUCAAUUAUUAAGGCUUUGUCAGAAUUUAGAAUUUAUGUAUGUUCUCUCAUGUUAUUUGAUGAUAUAUAAUAUAUGCUUUUAUUACUUGAUGUCUAAUUUUGAUGACACACAGUGCCACUGUUAUGUAUGUGACUCUCUAGCACCAUGUCUGAAAUGGGGCAAUGGCCUUUCAACUACAGAUCAUUGUCAUGCAACUGAUAAAACUAAGACAUGGAAAACUUUAAGGGAAGAUUUCAAGCUUGGUAAGACUGCUCCAUUGCCAGCUUCAACCAACUUAGGUACUUUAAGCAAUGUAGUGAAUUCUCAACAUAACCAUCGAGAUCAAUUGUCUUCCAAUUCCGUCUCAGCGGAUCAAACAUCGAUAUCAACUGCAUCAUAUCCGCUCUCAGUAAAUCUCAUGCUUCAAAAUCAGGUCUCUUGGCCUAUUACAAUGAAUACAUGCUCCUCACUAAGUUCUGGAUUGCAGAAUCAGGCCUCUUUGCCAAAUACAAUGAAUACAAUUGAUUUAUGGCCCACACUAUUACAGAAUCAGAUACUCUGGCCAAAUAUUGUCUUUGAAUCCUACCCAGCUUCCAACUUUACAAUCCCGAAUGGCGCAAACAAUGGUAGAUGUCAAGAAUCAGGAUCUCCUUGUACAAUUCCAAGACAGUUUCUAGGUGUACACAAUCCUGCCAUCCAAAAGGAGCGAGGACAUAGAGUUUGCGCUUUAGGACCUCAGCAUACAGCUUUCAAGAGGAAAUACACUGUUGGUGCUGCCAACACCGUGACAACUAACAAUGUUAAAGCUCCCGUUGCAUCUAGCUUCAGCAAUCAUGUGAGUCUGCAAUACAAUAGAUAUCAUCCUGCUGCGACCGAACUCUCGAAUAGCAGAAAUAGUAAUGGACAAAAUAAUGUCAGGUACUCCAAAGCUAUUAAUUCAUUGCUCACACAACCAAGACCAGCAUAUGCAACCCUACCAUGUUACCAACCAAAUAGUAUCCAUAGUCUGUGUGGAUAUAAUAAUAAUAAUAAUAAUGUUCAGGAUAAUGGUGGUCUUUUGAGUUAUGUGUCUCCCCUUAAUAGAAAUCAGCUGCAUCUAAAUGAGCAUCAAAUUGGAAGUCAAAAUGAAAAUGCUGAUGGAAAUAAAUCUGCAAGAAAAACAGGUUUUUUUGCUAAAGAUUCAAGUUUGGCUGAGAAUACUAGUCAUAACAUUUCUAAUGUUCAUAGCUUAGUAUCUAUGAACAUACAAAAAAAUGCAAACGAGUCUAGUACUCCUUUUACUAGAAGCACUCACCUCUCAGUGAAUGAUAUAAAGCACUGGCUUCUUAAUUCUAGUUAAUGUAGAUGUUGUUUUUAGCAUCCGAACUGAAUAUAUACCAUCUAUGGAAAGUCAUUCCAA